AUGCGACGUCGUCGUAAUGAGACCAGUGUGGAGAUUCGCAAACAAAAGGGCCAAGAGCUGUUAAUGAAGCGCCGAAAUCAGCUGGUUGAGGACGAGGACGAUGGCGAACUCUCAGACAUGGAUGUAAAAUCCGUGCCAGAUACGACUCGGCUGUCAUACGGCCAAAUCAUCAACAUUCUUAGCAACAAUCCCACUUUGGAACAGACACGCACCUGUUUUGAAGCACUUCGCCGUACACUGUCGCGUUCGAAAAAUCCUCCUGUGGAUGAGGUUAUCAAGUGCGGUUUGGUAAAUGUAUUGGUUCAGGCCCUUAGUGUUCAGGAUGAUAAAGUGCAAUUCGAAGCUGCUUGGGCACUGACAAACAUCGUGUCUGGUACUUCAGAGCAAACUAUAGCUGUUGUUGAAGCAGGCGCUACAUUACCUUUGAUUGAACUCACCCAGAGCCCUAAUCCUAACCUUUCCGAGCAGGCGCUAUGGGCAGUUGCAAACAUUGCCGGAGAUUCUGCGCAGCUAAGAGAUCAUGUUAUUCAGUGCAGUGGUGUGGAAGCUUUGAUGGCGUUAGUACACCGCUUGGACUCGUUGGCGGUGGGAUGUGUUCAAACCCUCGCUUGGGCCUUUUCCAAUAUGUGCCGUCAUAAAAACCCGCAUGCACCCAUUCCAGUGCUGGAUGUGUUAAGCAAAGGAUUGGCGAAAAUCAUUGCUCAUACUGACGCGCAAGUUCGACAGGACGCGUGUUGGGCCAUUUCUUACCUCACUGAUGGUCCAGAUGAACAAAUUGCUCUCGCAAAAAAAAGUGGUGUGCUCCCAUACGUCGUGGAACUUCUUCGGGACUCUGAUACCUUGGCCGCACCUGCACUUCGGGUAUUUGGAAAUAUGAGUACGGGGAACGAUGAGUUAACACAGUGCGUGGUGGAUCACGGAAUCUUGGACGAAAUAAUUCCUCUGUCGGAACGUUCUAAGUCAACAACUGUCGUGAAGGAGUGUUGUUGGUUGAUAUCGAACGUCAUUGCGGGUACUCAAGCCCAAAUUCAGGCAGUUAUAGAUGCGGGAAUCAUGCCAUUUGUCAUCGAAGUGUUACGUUCUGGAGACUUCAAGUGUCAGUUUGAAGCAUCAUGGGCUGUUUCGAAUUUGGCACAGGGUGGUACCUCGAAGCAGAUUCUAUCUCUUCUACAGGAUAACGCCAUUCCAGCUAUGUGUAGUGCACUCACACAUAGUAAUGUAGAUUUGCUGACCAAUAUCCUCGAAUCUCUAUAUACCUUACUGACCACAGUGUCCUUAUGUUGCCCUGAACGUAUGGAUGAGGUUCGAGAUGCUGUUGAGGAACAUGAUGGCCUCAAUUACUUGGAAAGUUUGCAAGGGUCCGAGUCAGACAAGGUGUACACUGGUGCUUAUCGUAUAAUAACGGACUUCUUUGCUGAAGAUGAGAAUCAAGAAGAAUCAAAGGUCAGCGAAGAAAACCAGCCUGUACAAUAUAACUUUUAA